AUGUUCAGUAAAAAGAUAAAGUUUCUCGUUUGUGACAUUUGGGCAUAUUGUUACAGUAUUUUUUUGCUCACUGAAGAUGGACAGAAAUUUUGGUGGAAACAAACUAACGAGGAGAAAAACGCAAAGUUGGAUACUAUCUGUUCCCGGAAUAACAUAUAUACUGAUGUCCAUCAAUGGUCUGAUAGCAUUGACUGGACAAACACACACGUUGUAAAAGUCGCAGUUCAUCCCUCAAAUUGCGUUAUUUUAACUGAUGACGGAGAGCUAUACUACGUAGGAAAAUUUUAUUCUGUGUGGACGGAUGUGUUUUACAAGUUUAACAGGCACAUUGAUAUUAAAGUAAAAAUCGCUUCCAUCGCUUGCGGAGAACAUUAUUGUGUGAUUCUUACCAAUAACGGUGAAGUAUAUGAAUGGAGUUAUUGUCAUACUAACGAUCACUACAAAAAGAAAAAAUUUUUUUUGACCAAGCCACUUAAAAUAAAUCAACUUUCAACCCAAACAGUUGUUAAAGUUGUCUGUGGAAAUUGGCAUACCCUUGUACUCACCGACAAAGGGAAAAUCUAUGCCUGGAAACGCCAGACUUGUUGUUCCAUCUGGAAAUCAAUACCAACAGUUAAGUACUACGAAAUUACUGAAGACGAAGAAGAAAUUUGCUUUCCUUUUAUUAAAGUACCCAAAAUGAUUAAAGCAUCAGAUAUCGCUACGAUAGAUGGUGCGAAUGCUAUAAAAUGUAGCGAAGAUCAACUUGUCUACAUAUGGGGUGAGCUGUUUGGGAAGAAAAUUAAGGAAUUAGCCAUCUGCGAAUACACAAAUAUAUUUGACAUAUGCAAUUUGACGACGGCACAAUCACCGAUAUCCAUUACUUAUGAAGUUACAGAUGAAGAAUCUAUGAUAUUAAGCGAUUUAGACGCGGCGUUUAACGAUAGUUCAACGAGCGAUCUUACAAUAGAAGUUGAAAAGAAAUCUAUCUAUGUUCACAAGAGUAUUUUGAAAAUCCGUUCAUCAUAUUUCGCAAACAUGUUCCAUUUUAGUGGACUUGAAAAUAAACAAAGGGUUAUCAAGUAUGAUGAUUAUUCGUAUAUUGCGUAUAGAACUUUUUUAAAAUAUUUAUACACCGGUGUAAUCGAUCUAUCUUGUUUCAAAAACGAAUUAGAGCUCCUGGAAUUAUCUGGCAAGUGCUGCAUGAAAAGUCUUGAGAGAGAUUGCAUUCGGGGGAUAAAAAAAAAGAUGACGGUAUCAAACGUAUCCUCUGUUAUUGAAACUGCGAUGAAAUGCAAUAAUGAGGAAUUGAAAGAAUAUUGUUCCAAGUUUAUGAUGAGGAAGGAAGGAAUACUAUAAUGACUCACAUCCGUUAUCGUAGUUUUGGCAGAAAUACUGCAAAUGACGCCAAAUGAAAUAAAUGGAUUU